AUGAGCGCAGCCGGAUUAAAAGGCACAACUAAGAAAAACCUUUUAUCUUUCCUCAAGUUGGGUUCCAUCGAUGAACUCAAUUCCUGCUUUUCUCAUUACGUCAAUUCUCUAUUAACCCAAGGCGGCGAUUCUUCCGUCGGCCCUAUCUUGUCAAGCGCUAACGGAGUCUGGAUUGAUCGGUCUCUUUCUUUCAAGCCUGGUUACAAGGACCUUAUCAAUGGUGUUUAUAAGUCUUAUUCUGGUCAAGCUGAUUUCAAAUACAUGCAAGCUAAAGCGGCAGGAGAAAUAAAUGAAUGGGCUAGAAGAGAAACAAGAGGGCUAAUCGAAAAUUUAAUUGAGCCCGGUGCCAUAAGAAAGUAUUCAAGAUUGAUUUUAGCUAAUGCUUUACAUUUCAAAGGAACUUGGGAAACCAAGUUUGAUGCAUCCAGGACAUCAAAUCAUACGUUUUACUUCAUACACAAUGACACCCCGGUUCAAGAAUGCAUUGUUGAGAUUGGAGACGAAGAAAACACGAAAAUCGCUGAUGCAAGUAACAUGAUGAUGACGAAUAAUUCAUCAUGUAGUGAACCAGAAUCACUUACAAAAGAAGAUCAAGAUUUUGUGGCUGAUCGGCCAUUUUUUAACCUCAUAAGAGAGGACGUGACCGGAGUGGUGACCGUCCUUGAUCCCCGUGACGAUCCAUCCGGAUACUAUGGAAGCAUUCAUUACGACAUGCCGUAA